GAUUUCUAAAAGGUUUUGUACGAAACCAUUGCUACGAAACCCUUUUUUUGAAUUUUCGUGAAGGGGGUUGAUACGAAACCUCACUUUUACAAAACCAAAAAAGGAUCUGACGGUGUACCGAGGAUAAGAGCCUUUUUUAGGUUCUGUGAAAAACCCAUUUUUUUUAGAGUGUAGAGUCCUUCUUAGUUGGUUUGAAACAGUAUGCUCCACAAUAUCACAUUCUUUCAGUAGAGGGUCAGCGACGUUUACGCCGCGUUACUUGUAUUUAAUCGAUAUGAAUGGAAUUAUCUUUCAUUUGGUAAAUUUUGUUUUUUAAUUAUUACUUAUAAUUUCAUUUUGUUCUAUUUCUUUGCGUUGUUUUAGGUCCAUCUUGUAUACGAAUAAAUCAAAGUGCUAUUCGUCCUCGGCAUCAACAAGAAAUCGCAAUUCAAAAGGAUCAUAAAAGUGUUUAUGAUAAAGUUGGCCAUCAUCUAAAUGAGCAUUAUUUUAUUCCAAUGACAGCAACCAUUCUUAAACAAUAUUCAAAUCAACUACUUCAUGAUUUAAAUCGUUCUUAUUUUUCACCAUUAUCUUAUCAUGAUCAAAUAUUAGCAUUAAAACAAGCAAAAAAAGUAGUUUCGAUUCAACGUAAAAUUAAAAAACAUCAUUUAAUUCUUCGUGUCACUGAUAAAGGUUAUAAUUUUUAUAUUGGUACAGAAAAAGAAUUUGAUAAGAAAGUUCAAAAUUUUUUUCAAGAUACUAAUGCUUUUAUUGAAUUAAAAGAAAAUCCAUUUAAUAAGAUUCAAGAUAAUGUUAUUCAUUUACUCAAUCAAAUUCGUGCAAAAAAAUUUAUUUUGCAAUGGCAAUGUAAUAAAAUGAUACCUAAUCGAAUAAAAUGUCAAUUAGCUCAUUUAUAUUUUAAUCCUAAAACUUAUAAGGAUGGUAUACCAGUUCGACCAAUUGAAAAUACUAUUCAUGCUCCAACAACAAAUAUAUCAAAUUAUUUAGAUGAAAUUAUCCGACCAAUAUUUGAUAAGGAAUGUCAAAAUACAACCAUUAUUGAUGGCUCUUCAUUAAUUCAAGCACUCCAUCAAUAUAUGAGAAAAGGUCUUUUUAAAUCAACGACAUUAUUUUGUACUUUUGAUAUUCGUAAUUUAUAUACUAUGUUACCACAAGAAGGAGCCUUAAAUAUUCUUGUUGAAUUUCUUAAUGUUCAUGGUUAUACAAAAGUCAAAGGAAUUCCUCUAGAAACAAUACGAUUAUUAGCUUCAAUUGUAUUGAAAGAGAAUGUGUUUGUCUACGGUAAAAAGAUGUAUCAACAAGUCCUUGGUGGCGCAAUGGGUUCAUCAUUUACAUUGGCAUUAGCAAACAUAUUCAUGUGGAAAUGGCAAAAAGAACUUGUCCGUCGACAGGAUAUGAUAGGUGAAUAUUAUGGACGAUAUAUUGAUGAUGUUUUUAUGACAUGGAAUAAAUCGGAAAAUGAAUUGAAGAAAAUAAUAGAAAAUGCAAAUACUUGGCAUCCAAAUAUUAAAUUAGAAUAUAAAAUCAGUAAAAGUCUUCCAUUUCUUGAUGUUCUCCUUACAAAUAUCAAUGGCACUCUAUCAGCAUCCGUCUAUCAUAAACCAGCAGCAGAACCCUAUGUUGUACCAUUUAUUUCGGAUCAUCCUCGACAUGUAUUCGAAAACAUUGUACAAACAAGUCGUCGACGUGCAGUCAAAUAUUCAUCAACUUUUCAAUUAUUCAAUGAUGAGAGAAGAUAUAUCAAAUCAACAUUUUUGUACAAUGGGUGA